AUCUCGGAGUUUCUCCAACGGUCCCUGCUUUCUAUAUACUUACUGCUUUCACACCGUCCUUUUCAAGGAGCGACGACGGUUUUUACAGAUACCAUCUUCGCACCCCUAAAAUUGAAGCCGUCUGAACCUCAUCCAACUGUCACCAUGCCCACAAGACAAUGCGUCAAUCGGCUAUCGCGACAGCUAAGCUUCAAGUCAUGGUCAACUAUCUCCUCUCAACCUCGGUUAUUGCAACAAACGACUUUCAAUCAUGGAAAAAGGCACUUUUCUGUGACUUGGAAAUGCAGGAUGAUGGAGACAAGCUGUUUCACUGAAGAGCAAUUAACGGUGCGCGAGGCUAUUCAGAAGAUUUGCGCUCAAUUUCCGAACGAGUACUGGCAACAGCAUGAUCAAACUGAGACCGAUCCCAAGGAACUGCAUGCUGCGUUGGCUGCUGACGGGUGGCUUGGUAUCGCGCUUCCCGAAGAAUUUGGAGGCGCAGGACUGGGUAUCUCAGAGGCGACUAUGAUGAUGCAGACAAUAUCUCAAUCUGGUGCAGGCAUGGCAGGGGCUCAGUCCAUCCAUGGUAACGUCUACGCUACGCAACCACUUGCCAAGUUUGGAAAUAAAGAACAGCUGCAGUCUACGAUACCGAACAUCAUCAGUGGCAAAUGGAGAGUAUGCUUCGGUGUGACUGAACCGAACACAGGGUUAGACACUUUGAGGCUAAGGACCACCGCCACACGGAAAGGAGACAAAUACAUCAUCACUGGACAAAAGAUUUGGAUUACGUGUGCACAAGUCGCUUCGAAGAUGAUUCUCCUAGCUCGAACUACACCUUUGGAAAACGUGAAGAAGCCAAGCGAAGGGCUGUCUAUGUUCUGUAUUGAUAUUGACAGAUCCAACCCUGCCUUGGAGCUCAAAAGAAUCAAGAAAAUGGGCGGCAGGGCCGUCGAUGCCAAUGAAGUCUUCUUCGAUCAUUAUGAGGUGCCAGAGAACACUCUCGUCGGAGAAGAGGGUCAAGGCUUUAAGAUAAUCUUGCAUGGAAUGAACGCUGAAAGAUGUCUCCUAGCUGGAGAAGCGCUCGGCCUUGGCUAUGCAGCAGUCGAAAAGGCCGCGCAGUAUGCCAGGGAGAGGGUCGUCUUUGGCAGACCCAUUGGGAAGAACCAAGCCAUUGCGCAUCCGUUGGCUGACGCCUACAUGAACCUGGAAGCCGCCAAGUUAGCUGCUUAUCAUGCAGCUCGGUUAUACGAUCGAAGCAGAACGGAUCCCACCAUCAGCGCCCACGCGGUGGGCGUCGCAUGCAACAGUGCGAAAUACCUAGCGGCGGAGGCAGCAUUCAAGGCUUGUGAGAGGGCGGUCAUGAGUCACGGUGGCAUGGGAUAUGCCAUGGAAUAUGAUGUCGAGAGAUAUAUGAGGGAGAUCUUUGUCCCCAGGAUCGCCCCAAUCAGCCGAGAAAUGAUUCUCAACUUUGUGAGCGAAAAGGUGCUGGAGCUGCCUAGGAGUUAUUGAGAAUAUGUAACCAUAUAUAAAUCUCUGUGUCGGUUCAGGCAAUUGUUAGGUUCAGACAGCGGUAUUAGAGAGCUGGCAGAAUGA